UGUGCCAACCAUCUCUGCCCUCCCACCACUGGGGUAACGCUGAAGACUCUGGAAGUUGCCUCAGCCCCAGGGUUCAUGUCAAUUCAGAGACUUGUGAACUGAAGUGUCGUAAUACUGUUCUUACUAAAAAUGCCUCCCCUAAAGAGAAAUAUUGGCCAUCCAUCCCAGCUUGGAGAGGGGACACAUUCUUAAAGACUUGUCUAAAAAUAUAUUGUUGCAAGUCGAAGCCUUGGCUUGACUGGGGCCUGUUUUGUCUGCUGCCUUCCUCUGAGGACAGUGGAAACCUCCGGGAUGCCAGCGACAAGGGGAAUGGAAGACAAGCCCUCAGCUUGGAGAGUGAGGCUGCCUUCUGGAGGAUGGUGCCUUUCCCCUACACUUUGAUUGACUGCCAACGAUGUAAAACAUGGCCUCGAUGAGGAUGAUUUCAUGUGUGAAAGACAGACUCUUCUUUCCCGAAAGGAAAACAUGAGCAAAAUCGAUGCCCAGAGGCGUGACGUUGAGCCAGGAUUCGAGGGGUUGUCAUAGCAUGCAUUUUUGACCUGAUUAAGAUAGGCAGGUUGUUGUGUUUUACCAAGACCUGUUCCGAGACAUGCCUUUUUACUCUCCAGCUGGAUCCACUUGGCUUUUGUGGUGAGGCCUUGUCAUCUGAUUAAGGCCCUGGUUUUUGUUUUUUAAUUUAUUGGAACCUCUGCAUUUCAUGGGCGUUGUAAGAAGAUUGGUAAACUGCCUUGAUGUGAAAGUUACAGCAUCAAGAAGGACAUUAACUUGGAAACUCCAAAGGAAAAGGAUGUUGGGCUAGCUGGCAGAUUAGACUCUUGGGAAUACCGGUGGACUGCUGAAGGCCUUGCCGAUUUCAUCUUUGGAGAUAGUGUCAAGAAAUAGGUCGCUCACCUUGCGCACGUACCAGUUGACCAAAACAUGGCCUGGGUCAAGUUCUUACGGAAACCUGGGGGCAACCUGGGAAAAGUUUAUCAGCCUGGAAGUAUGUUAUCGCUAGCCCCUACCAAGGGCUUGUUAAAUGAACCAGGACAAAACAGCUGCUUUCUAAACAGUGCUGUACAGGUUUUAUGGCAGUUGGACGUAUUCCGUCGGAGUUUACGCGUUCUGUCUGGACAUGUUUGUCAGGGAGAUGCCUGCAUAUUUUGUGCUUUAAAGACGAUAUUUGCACAGUUUCAGCACAGUCGAGAGAAAGCGCUUCCCUCCGACAAUAUCAGGCACGCCCUGGCAGAGAGCUUCAGAGAUGAGCAGCGGUUUCAGCUUGGCUUUAUGGACGACGCUGCCGAGUGCUUUGAAAAUAUCCUUGAAAAGAUUCAUUUUCAUAUUGUGCCAAACAGUGAUUCAGACAUGUGCACCUCGAAAUCCUGCAUUCCUCAUCGGAAAUUUGCCAUGACUCUCUAUGAGCAGUGUGUGUGCCGGACCUGCGGAGCGUCCUCAGAUCCCCUGCCCUUUACAGAGUUUGUCCGUUACAUUUCUACAACAGCCCUUUGUAAUGAAGUGGAAAAAAUGAUUGAAAGAAACGAACGCCUGAAGCCUGAAAUGUUUGCAGAAUUGCUGCAAGCUGCAAACACCAUGGAUGACUUUAGGAAAUGUCCUAGUAACUGUGGCCAAAAAAUAAAAAUCCGCCGUGUUCUAAUGAAUUGCCCUGAGAUCGUCACAAUUGGCUUAGUUUGGGAUUCUGAGCAUUCUGAUCUGACUGAGGAAGUUGUUCGCAAUCUAGCAACUCACCUGUAUCUUCCUGGGUUGUUUUAUAGGGUAACUGAUGAAAAUGCCAAGACUAGUGAGCUUCAUCUUGUUGGCAUGAUCUGCUAUACCAGCCGACAUUACUGUGCCUUCGCUUUUCAUACCAAGAGUUCCAAAUGGGUGUUUUUUGAUGAUGCCAACGUGAAAGAGGUUGGGACUAAAUGGAAAGAUGUGGUGUCCAAGUGCAUGAGAUGUCAUUUUCAGCCACUGCUUCUGUUCUAUGCAAACCCGGACGGUUCAGCCGUGUCCACCGAAGACGCUCUCAGGCACGUCGUCCACUGGUCCUAUUACAAAACCGCUGCUGAUGAAGACGCGGGUUUUGAAAGGCCCUCUACUCAUAAACCAGAGAGUACCAAAGAAGAUGGAUAUGGUCAUCAGGCGAGGCAGAGAAUCAAUCAGAAAUUGCACAUCGAUGAUGCCGUGACUUUGACUCGCGGCCCUGCCCUUGCAAGUGGUGGGAAAGGACCAGUUAAACUUGGUCAUAGUGACCAGAGGGACAAGCUCAAGGACAUUUCCAGAGAAUGUGCCCAAAGAGUCGCCGAGCAGAAAAACUUCCUCUCGUCCCAAAGAAGAGAGUUGGUGGAGAGGGAGCAGAGGAGAGACCCUGGGAGACAGCGAGAUUUGUCCAGCGAGGACCUGUCUCGCUUCAAAUCUGGAGCGCCCCUCACCGCCUCAGUGAAUGGAUUUCGGCAGCACGGCGGCCAGCCUGGAUGUUCGAGCCAAGGGAGAGGGUCUUCCCGCCAAGAGCGAGCCACGCCUCAGGGCCGGACCUCCGCACAAGCUCCAAGUUCAGUCAAACCCCAGCUGGGGGAGAAGGUGACUGGUAAAGGGAAAGGCGACGGUGCCGCCGGCUACGACACAGACAGCAGCCAAGACUCUCGGGACAGGGGUAGCACUUGCAGCGGCGGCAGCAGCCGCAGUCGGGCCCGCAGCUGGAAACCAAUGAGGGAGACGCUGAACGUGGACAGCGUGUUCAGCGACGCCGAGAAGAGACAUGCCGCUCCGAGGCACAAAGCAAACAGCAAGUCCAAACACGGUCAAGAUCAGAGAGGAAAUAACUGGCCCAAAGAGGCAUCCAAGCAGAAGGGCUUGAUGACCAUCUAUGAAGACGAAGGAAAGCAGGAGACCGGAAGCAGGAGUUCCCUGGACUCUGCUGGGAAAGGACCCGAGAAAGGCAAAGGCCUCGCGGAGACCAAGGCUCCCGGGGACGGCGGGCACGUGCAGAGGACCGAGUCGGGCUACGAAAGCAGCGAUCGGGUCAGCAGUGGCUCUGCCAGCUUGGACUCCUCACUCCUGGAGGGCAGCGGCACGAGAGAAGCGCGGCCCGGCAGUAACCAGAUUCAGUCAAGUAAACCGAAUGUAGACAGUUUGCAGCAUAACUCCCGACAGUGCAAAGACCAUCUGGAAGAUUUGAAAGAAAACAUCAAGAUUUCAGAAGUGGCUUGUGGACCCCCUGAUUUCCAUCUACAAGUAGAUAAUCCUUUAAUGAAGAGAUCUCAUGUGCAUGAUACCAGCGAGAAAUUUUUGUCCUCAUCGAAUCUCCAGCUAUUCAAGGACCAUGAUACAAGAGAACACAUCCCCCAACCAAAUGAAAAGCAGCUUGAAAAUUCAAAUGAAUGCCAUUUUCCUGAAAGGCUUAAUUCAGAAAGGUCUGAAAAAAACAGUCCAUCUUUGCUCAGUGCUAGGGGAUCCGUCCCCUUUCAUGUCCCUGAUCAUUCUGCCUCGGCAGAGUUAGUUGACAGCGAGAAACUCCCUUUGUCCCAGUGGUCGACACACGUGAAAAUGGGUGAGUCCUUUGCCCAGCAAAGUCUGGGGGAGCUCCGCAGCUCCGCUAAGCAGGCUGCCGCCAGCCCCUCCGAUAACGGGGGGGUGCUCGAACCUGCCGCCUGCCAGAAUCUGCCACCUCCAUUGCCUCCAAAGAAGUAUGCGAAAGCCAUGGCGGUGUCACGGUCAGAGAAGGAGUUCAGCCCUGAGCUGGAGCUCUCAGGGAGGGGGAAAGCGAGGCCUCCGAGCCUCCAGAAGCAUGCCAUCAGCGCCCCUUCCCAGGCGGGGGCAGAGACAAGGCUGAAGGAAGCAGGCCGAGGGAAAGAACUUGGCGCGUACACACCCAGCACCCGAACCAGCCCUUCCACUGACUGCCAGAGCCCCCUGGAUGCGGCUAGUAAAGGCGCUGCCCAGACAGAGCCGUGGCCCAGCGUGCCACAGCCACAGGGGAUAGUUUCCCUGACCACCUACUUUUCUGUGGACAGCUGUAUGACUGAUACGUACAGGUUGAAGUACUGCCAGAGACCCAAGCUGUAUUUUCCAGAGAGCAGUGACAUGCAUGGAAACAAGCCUCUGUCCCAGACUGAAACGAGGCUGAAAGCCGUGUUCCAUGACCAUCUGGAGCCAGCCGACGUAUAGACCCGGCCUGCCGCGGGAGCCGCACUUUCAGAGAAACUCCUGAGGGCAGCGGGCGGGCGCUUCUCAGUCCGCUCAGGAGAAGCAGGAAGCCAUCAGUCAGCCGGUGGGAUUUGGGGGGAACCUGGGUGCUCCGUGUCCCUUUGCGUCUCUUCUUCCUCGUGGAUGUCGGCUGUGUCCACGGCAUUUGUGGGACUCCUGGGGGUGCACUGUGCACGCGGGCCUCAGACGCUGCUGCAGACGCCAGCCAGUAACCUUCAGGGUAGUUGGCUCUAUGUGUAUGCGACUCACCGGCAGUUCCAUACACCUGAUCAGUGCUGCCAUGUUUCUGGAGCGUGGCAGGGCUAGUCUGAGCAGUAUUUGCUUAUGAGGAAGCACUUUUCAUGGGUAAACAGCCAGAGGUUUCACCCGUAGUCCUGUUUGUUUUUCGACUUCUGUGAUAGUCUACUGCCUAUGAUACCUUCGAGUGUCUUAAAUAGAGUUAACAUGUAAAUUUUAUCCUUUGAUAGCAUUGAGGAGGGAGAAAAGCCUGAAUCGUGAGUGAUUUUGACACUAAAUGUUCAAAGUCAGGAAUAGAAGGGAAGUGAUCUCUCCCUCCUGGAGUUGUGUUUUUGUUUCACUGAAAAUCCAUGGUUGAGAACACCUCUUCAGCAGCGGCAUAGAUCCAGUGAGCCAAUGAGUUUGGUAUGCCAUGAGUCGUGUAAGCUAAAAAUACUCCAAUAUUAGCCUGUAACACAUUUAUACCUUGCAAUGGUUGUCUCAUAAUUUUCUGUGAAGCCUGAAGGUGGCGCUUCUAUUUUGUGUUUUGGGAGCUAAUACCAAUGCUAGAAAGUGGCACCAGACCCUUAUUACAAGUCACCAAUGAGUGCUUCCCAUGGCUAUCUGAACCUUUCCCCAGAGGUUGUGAAUAAGCUUCAUUUGGUAACUGGCCGGCCACCCAGCAAACUGAUGUGUCUGUCCUUAAAUUUGGAAAAUUUAUACUCUUCAGAUGGUCAAUUGGAAUUCAGCGUUAAUAAAGUGUUGUUCUGAAACGUUCUUUUAGUUUAUGCAGACGUUUUAAAGCAGACGUCUUCUCUUUCCAGCUAGCCUUUGCAUAAAAAAUACAGGAAUUCUCCAUUAGACAUAAAAUGGCCUGGAGUUUAAAAAAAAAAGUCCAGUUCUUUUGCACUAAGUCGUGGCCUUUUUGGGAGGUAGAAGGGGGCUGUGUUUUACCAACCAUAAUGAAACCGAACCCUAAAGAUCUGUGACUCAGCAUCCCUGCUUUUGUUUGCAAAGGGUCUCAAAGCCUGGGAUUGGUGUAUUACCUGAGCACUCCUGAGCCUCAAGCCAUGGCCUGUCCUGGAACUCUUCCCCUACUAUUGUGAAUGCAGCCGUUCACCACGACCCACACUCCUUGCUUCUCACUCUAAUGGCUGUCAAGGAUCUUAGUUCUCCUGUUACCUUAAGAGAAGAAGAAUCGAGGAAGGCUUGUCAGAAUGUCCACGAAAGGGAAAGAACAGGGGCUAGCUAGACUGGAUUUGGAGAAUUAAAGUAUUUGCCAAAGAUAAAGGAGAUCCUUCGCAAGUUAAUAACCAGUACUUUAUAAAUUAUACUAUUUCUAGUAUAAUUCACAAUCUGGUCUGCCCUUUCGAUUGGUCACGUGGCCAGGGAUGAUUCCUCGGCUGAUAAGGGAGGAACCUCCAAGAGGCCUAUCAAAUCCUACUUAAAAAAAAAAAAUCCAGUUACUUAACUAAAGAUGUGCUUCCUGCAAGUAAUUGAAAUGGGAAAUUGUCAUUACCUAGAUUUUCGUAUUUUAAAUUUAAUACUUUUUCAAAUUUACAAGGCAGAUCUUUUUUUCUCCUGAUCACUUGAAAGUAAGCAUCUUAUACAAGUUGAGAACAUUCUGAAAUAUGGAAUGAUUUAAUUGCUACCCUUUGAUGUAAGAAUGGAAAAUAAUUACUUGUGAAGUUUGUCUGUUGGCUUGGCAACCAAAUCUUGGCCUGACUUAUGUUUGUCUUCCAUUUAUCAUUCUAAAAUUUCUCAAAGGGUUGAAAUUCUUCCUGAAUGAUUGUUAGUUUAUAUCCUUACACAAUUUAGAAAGACUUGAACAUACCAAGUAAAUUGCAUUUUAUCCUUCAUCCAAAGCUCUAUUUUAAAGCUUUUAGUACUGACAUUUGUAAACAGUGUAAAGUUUGCAAAAUUCUAUUUGAAAUAACUACGUAUUUAACUUUGCUGUUUGCAUAAUUGUAACACCAGCAAUAAUAGAGCUAUUUCAAAAGAUUCGUUAAUGUGUUUUGGGGGAAGGGGGGGAGUCUGCACAGAAGACUGGGAUUGUUGCUUUCAACUUGACAUCAUCCCUGAUUUCCAGAUCUUUGAAAGGUCUUUGGUACUGGCACUUUAUCAGCAUCGAGUAUACCAGCUCUCAAACAACAAUAGGUUAUUUCAGGUACUACUUCAGCUCCCUUAAGUACUGUCCAUUUAGUCAGAACCUUUGGUUUACAGCAUUUACUGAAUGACAUAGCAAUGGGAAAACUAGAAAAUAUCAUUACCUUUUAUAUUUGAAUGUACACUCCAUAUGCAGGCAGAAUUUCUAAUUGCUAAUUUAUCAUGCACAUUUUAAACUUUUGAUUUUACUUCUAGGGUGCCUAUUUUUAUAAGUUUUGAUUUGAUUAUGAAGUUUUCAUGGUAACUUUUGUAACGUGUUUAACAAUUCUUGUAAUGAACAAAAUGUUUUAAACCAUCUUUAGAAUGCUCUAUUUUCCUGGGAAAUCAUUUUCUUCUAGUUCAAAAUUGUUAAAAGGUAAACAACUUUUAAAUUA